AAAAAAAAAGUUCAAGGUCAAUUCAGCGGCGGAAUGUCGUGAAUUUUCAAGGCGCAUCUUGAACAAUAAAUUAUAGCGAUACCCUAAACUUCUUUCAUACAACGUCGCCAUCUGCAAAAAUGGGUGUCGGACGUCGCAUGAAGAAGCAGGGCCCUCCUGAGCCACUGUCGGAGGAGCAUUUCGCAAACCUCAAGCGAAAAGUCAAUUCGUUCGUCGACGAUGCUGUCGUCUAUUCGGCGCCGCCGUCGCGCUCUCGAGAGUAUCCACUGGCGAAGAAGCAGAAAACUGCAACAAAAUCGACCUCCAAGUCCAAUGGUGCCAAUGGCGUAUUAGCCCCUAAAAAGAACGAGAAAAAUACGAAGUCGAAGAAGAAGCAACCCGCACCAAAGCCCGCAUCGGAGUCCGAAUCGGAGUCAGAUUCCGAUUCAGACGAUGGUUCCGAUGCUCCUAUUACCAAACUCUCAAGGCAAGACUUAAGCGACGUAAUGGACGUUGGUUUUGGAGACGACUUCCUAAGUGACGAGGAUCCACCUUCCGAGGUCUACGAUUCAGAUGUAGAGGCCCAAAAUGACCGUAAAGCGAUGUUCUCGGAAGACGAAGACGAGUCAGAUGCUGAAGAGAAGCUGACUGCAGCCAACAUCGCUGGUCUAUCAAGGAAAUUGGACGAGCAAAUGGCACAAGAAGCAGCUGAUGCGCAGCUCGAAUUGGAGGAAGCGGCACUUCAGACCAACAUUGAACCACCGCACGUUCUCGACGACGAGGAAGAAGACGAUUUAGCAUUGAAGACGAAGGCACUCUUAGCACCCGAUCUACAACUGCUGAGAACGAGGAUUACGGAUACAAUCCGUGUAUUAGACGACUUCUCGAAUCUGGCGCAAGAUGGCAGAAAUCGAUCCGAAUACACCAGCCAAUUGUUGAAAGACAUUUGCGCCUACUAUGGUUACUCGGAGUAUCUUGCUGAGAAGCUCAUGAACCUAUUCCCGCCCCGGGAAGCUUUCGCAUUUUUCGAGGCUAACGAAACGGCGAGACCUGUCGUUAUCCGAACAAACACUUUACGAACACACCGCCGAGAUUUGGCUCAAGCCCUUAUAAAUCGCGGCGUCACUUUAGAACCUGUCGGCAAGUGGUCCAAGGUUGGAUUACAGAUCUUCGAGAGCAAUGUGCCCCUUGGUGCCACGCCUGAAUAUCUCGCUGGUCAUUACAUUCUCCAAGCCGCUUCUUCAUUCUUGCCCGUUAUGGCUCUAGCCCCGCAGGAAGGCGAGCGAGCACUGGAUAUGGCUGCUGCUCCCGGUGGUAAAACAACGCACAUGGCUGCUAUGAUGAAGAACACCGGUUGCAUCUUUGCCAACGAUCCCAGCAAGGCUCGUGCUAAGGGUCUUAUUGGUAACAUUCACCGUCUCGGUGCUCGCAACGUUAUCGUCUGCAACUACGAUGCCCGAGAGUUUCCGAGAGUUAUGGGUGGCUUCGAUAGAGUACUCCUUGACGCUCCUUGCUCGGGUACGGGAGUUAUUGCCAAGGAUCCCUCUGUAAAGACCAACAAGGACGAGAAGGAUUUCAUGAUUUUACCGCACACACAAAAGCAACUACUCCUAGCAGCUAUCGACUCGGUCAAUCAUGCCAGCAAGACUGGCGGCUAUCUAGUUUACUCCACAUGUUCGGUCACUGUGGAAGAGAACGAACAAGUGGUCCAAUAUGCGCUAAACAAGCGACCAAACGUCAAGCUCGUCUCCACCGAUCUCCCCUUCGGCAAGGAGGGUUUCACUAGCUACAUGGGCAAGAAGUUCGAUCCGAGCCUACGCCUCACACGCCGAUACUACCCGCACACCUACAACGUGGAUGGUUUCUUCGUCGCCAAGUUCCACAAGAUCGGCCCCACGCCCGCCAACCUUAUCAAGGACAAGUCUGGUCAAGCCUCUUCAGCACCUCAAGCAGAAGCGAGCGAAGUUAUUGAUAAGACACCUAUUGCGGCGGACGAGGACACGCCUGAGGGUGCUCGACAGCAGGAUGACUUUGGCGGUUUCGAUGAUGAGGAAGAUGAGAAGUAUAUGGAGCGGGCGAAGCACAAUGCUAUGAGAAAACGUGGUCUCGACCCCAAGUCUUUGAAGAAGCCGAAGACGAAUGGGGAUGCGGAGGAGAAGAGUAAAGGGGAGGAGAAGAGUAAAGGGAAGGCGAAGAGCAAGAAGAAGAGCACUUAGGUAGUUAGAGCUAUAAGUGCAAUGGGAUACUAUUGAUACAGGGUGGUUCCUCCCACACCGUUUCACGAAGUUCGCAGUAUAACCUUGAUUAUACUAAAUUCGUGACGCUAAUGAUAUCUGAUGUAGCCAUACUGAAGCUUUAUAGGCAUUUAGAGAUAUACGAUAUCGCCUUAUAGCUAGCAAACAACACCGCCUCAAUCGACGCUAGCGUUGAGAAUGUUCCUA